CACGUUGCAGAUACGCGGUCUAUUCCGCGUUGUGUCUUGGAAAAAUAUUUGUCAGAAGGCCUUAUAUCUAUCAACGUCAUUUUCAGUCAGUCUCAUGCCAGUAUGUGCGUUCGUGAUCAAUAUGCCCUCGCUUGGCUUUCCCCGGGUCGCUUAUGACGCUCGCGGCGACAAGUGGCAAUAGCCAGUCUAUUGUUAUGGGCAUCGUGAUGCUCGGGAGCCGUAUGGAGAUGCUGUGAAUUGCUGGAGUGAAGCUGUCCUCAAUAGCCAAAUGGUGGCCUUAUUUGCAUGAUUGCUCCUCUUUUCCUGAAAAAUUUCACGUGGUUGGGUACGCCACGACGUACUAGCCUUGCUGGUCCUAAAACUCGUCAGCGGCGUGCUGCUGAUUAGGCUCUGCAAUGGAGCUUGCAUCUGGGUAGAGCAUUGUUGACCGAACGAAGCAAAGUACCUGGUCAAAUAGGUUAUGGAUGGCAAAGAAGAAAGUAGGGUAUCCUUGCUACCUACACAUUCCAAGGACCUAACAGAUGGUGCUGAGCACAGGCAAAAGGGUUUUCUAAGCAUUGGGGGCAUCACAGUUCUGUGCCUUUGGUACAUAUUUUCAGGAUGUACCCUGUUCUUAAACAAGUACAUUCUCAGUUACUUGAAUGGAGAUCCAACUGUAUUAGGCGUAUGCCAGCUGCUGGUCACUACAGUCUGUGGCUUUAUUCAGCUGAAUGUGACUUCACUUUUUACAACACAGUCUUCCAGAAGCAUCAGGUCACCAAGUUUCUUGUUGAACAUGCUAGUCGUAGGCAUCCUGAGGUUCGCCACAGUUGUCCUGAGCCUUGUCUCCCUGAAGUUUGUGGCUGUGAGCUUCACAGAAACAGUGAAGAGCUCAGCGCCCCUGUUCACUGUCGUCAUCUCACGUUGCAUGCUGGGCGAGGUGACAAGUCUGGUGGUGAACUGCUCCUUGGUGCCGGUGAUGCUGGGACUGGCACUGUGUUCCUCCAAUGAGCUGAGUUUCGACAUUCGUGGCUUCAGUGCUGCCAUCUGCACCAACCUAGCUGAGUGCUGUCAGAAUGUGUACUCCAAGCUGCUCAUCUCUGGCGAGAAGUACAAGUACACGCCGACCGAGCUGCAGUUUUACACGUCGCUGUCGUCCGUGCUGGUACAGCUGCCGGUCUCCUACCUGCUGGUGGGCCCGGAGCAGCUGAGCACGCUGCAGCCGCAGCUUCUGUCGGCGCUGGCCCUCAACGGCCUCUCCUUCCACAUGCAGAGCUUUACUGCCUACGUUCUCAUGGGCUACAUCAGUCCUGUGACAUACAGCGUGGCCAACACGGUGAAGCGCGCGCUCCUCAUCUGGUUCUCGGUGCUCAUCUUCGGCAACGCUGUGUCCGUGCUGAGCGGCGUGGGUACGGCCACUGUGCUGCUGGGCGUGCUCUGCUACAACCGGGCGCAGGAGUGGGCGGCGGCCCGCGGCCGGCGCGCCUCGCUCGCCGCCGGCCCCACCGACGGCGUCGCCGUACAGCUGUAGCGUGCAGCCUCCCCGCGCCGUCCAGCGAGCGCGACGCCGUGGGAUGCACUCCCGCCCUGGCACCGGACCGACGGCUCCAGAGCUACGCGUGGCGGUGGCAAGCCGGCGGGGCUGGUGUGCUGCCGCCGCUGGCAGGCACGGCGACAUCCGGACACGGACGUGGCCUUGGCUGCGCUUGGCCACGUCCGUGUCCAGAGCUGCGCGCCGGUGGAGCUAGAGAGGUUCAGCAGCUGUGAAGACGGCGUUCGCGUUGUUUUGCAACAGGAUGGCUCGUAGCGUGCGUAUGUCGCUGUGCGCCUCAGACGACUUCUCUGUGUUUUGUAAGUUGUGAAGGGUCGGUGCAAUUGCCCUCUGCGUUAUUUUCUGUUGAAAUCCCUCUGAGCGGUAUGCAGCAUCCUGCGCCGGUUUGAAUUGAAGCACUUCGCCGCAGAAGAUUGUCGGCUCCUCAACCAAGUUUUUGUGGAGCUGGUGAAGGUGCCAUGAUUGUGAUCAAUCUAAACACCUGGCACGUUGUGUAAUGGCAAUUUGAGAACGAUCAAAAGCUCUCGUUUUCUGAACCUGAUGGUCGCUCCCAUGUGAAUAUUUCCUUAGUAGCGGUCCAAGCUCCAGGCGUUCUUGCUCUUUGCCAUUUUAUUUGAUUUGACGGUAUUUGGGAUGUAUAUCUUUACCGGCUCUUUCUUGCGGCAGUUUUCGUACGUGCGGUGCAGCGAUUCCGGGAGUUAUGUCGUGGGUUUGCUGCUGCAGUUGUAAGAUAAGUGAGAAAGGGCUCUGUUGGCACGAGCUUCUUUUUGAUGGCGCACCGAUCAGUAGUGCUGCUCGGAUCCUGCGGAUGGUAACUGUCGUCAGCAAUCAGAUCGUUUGUUAUGGGUUUGUCUGUUGAUGCCUCUGAGGUAUGUGGCAAUAUGAGGAGUGUGUUCGGCUUUUCCGUGAUCAGAAUUCCCCAUUCACGAACAGCUUAACUGUAUUGUUUUUGUCCGCAAAAAAAAACUAGAAGCUGUCCUAGACAGUGUUAUGAUCAUCAACUGGUGAGGUGUGAGCUGAGGUGUACGACAUUCCAUGUUUGAAUUUGAAUGACCAUAGGAACGGCUCUCGUCGAUUAAUGAAACCUGGAAAGGCUAUACUUGGCUGAGUCUUGAGUUGUGAUAUUCGCCCUGGUUACCACCCAGGUACAUCGUGGUUUUCAGUGGACAAGGCUGAAGCUAAGCAUAAACGUUAGUACUGGGCCUUUUAUUGCAUUGUAUUGUGCUUGCAUGUACGUGACGCCUUGACUUUCAGUGCAUUGUAUAAGGACAAAAAGCUGUUAUUGCCGUUGUACUUCUAUGUUCCCGAACAAAGGACAAGUUUUGCUAUAACAAGUGGAGCGUGCCAUCCUUUCCCAACGUCCAAAAUCGUCGUACAUCAUCGGUCAUGCUCGCUGCCCCCACCCCGAACAACUAAGAAAAGUAGUCAACGUAACACGGUUCUUCACAUGAGUGUGCUCCUGCCAGCAUCGCUUAGUUAUUUGAGGUUUUCUUCCGCGCCUAGCAAAACCUGGAUAUGGUCAUCGGAGGUGUAUUAGUGCUAACAUGAGAAAUCCCAUACUUGCAAGUGGUUUUUGUUUGUUUUUUUCACACACGUUCCGGCAAGGAAACGGGACCACGUUUCAUGACCAGGGGAAUGUCCGUGACGCAACUUUAGUGUCAAGUAUGAACGUGAAACUAUCUGCGGUUUGCUCCGACAAGUGGAAGUGUAUGAAUGCGGUAAAUCGGCGGUUCAUGAAAGCUCAAGUGCAGUGUUGGAUGCAUGCAUGUGUGUCGGUUGUCUCACGGAUCUGUCCGACAUGGCUUAAAAAUGCAAGUAUUUUUCGACUGAUCCUGGCGAAGGUAUGCUUCCUUUUAAUACGAUCGCUUCAGUGUUAUGUUGUUUUACGAAUAUAUGACUGAAGUGCCG